CCGUGACGCGAGGAAGGCGGAAGGGGCGGCCAAGAUGGCGGCGCCGGGCCGGGCUGGGGCCGCGCUGAGGGCUCCGCUCUGCGCCCUGCUGUGCCUGGCGCUGGCCGCCGCCGCCCGCGCCCGGCCGAGCCCCGUGAAGGUGCUGUCGGACGGCAUGUGGCGGGAGCUGCUGCAGGACGAGUGGAUGGUGGAGUUCUACGCGCCCUGGUGCCCCGCCUGCGAGAGCCUGCAGCCCGAGUGGGAGAAGUUCGCCGAGUGGGGAGAGGACCUGGGGGUGAACGUGGCCAAAGUGGAUGUGACGGAGCAGCCGGGGUUAAGUGGACGAUUUAUCAUCACAGCCCUCCCUACCAUCUAUCACUGCAAAGAUGGAGAGUUCAGGAGAUACCAGGGAGCAAGGACUAAAGCUGCCUUCAUUAACUUCAUCAGUGAUGAGGAGUGGAAAUCCAUUGAACCAGUGUCCUCCUGGUUUGGUCCUUCCUCUUUCCUGAUGAGCAGCAUGUCAGCGUUGUUCAAGCUGUCCAUGUGGAUCAGGCAUGGCCACGGCUAUUUAACAGAAAAUCUUGGAAUACCAGUCUGGGGCUCCUAUGCUGUUUUUGGAUUGGCAACUCUGUUCUUAGGGAUGGUCCUGGGACUUAUGAUGGUGUUCCUGGCAGACUGCAUCUGUCCCUCCAAAAGGCACAGACCAGCACAGCUCCAGCCUCAGUCAAGGAAACAAGGUCCAGAGUCAGCUCGUCUGCUGAAAAACAGGUAUGAAGAGCAAGAGGCAGAUGAGGGAGAUAUCUCAGAGGAUGAAACAGAGGGGAAGGAGGGCAGCAAGAGAGACUCGUCCCCGAGCGGCGUCCGGCAGCGCCCCGUGCCCAGUGGUGCUCCCCAGGAGAAAUCCUAGCUGCACUUGCACCAGGAUUAGUGUUUGAGUCAGCCACCCAAAGGGAGAUCAGUGUCAAAUCCUCCAGCUUGAAGAGAAGAACGACUCCUGGCUUGGUAAUGUUCCUGCAUUUCAUGAAUUCAGAGGAAAUAAUAAAAUAAAAAAGCAUCAGGU